UCCAAGCUCCAUGCUCAGGCCCAUGGCCACAGCCUUCUUGCUCCUCAUGGGGGUCCUGCUCCCUUACCAGGGCAAGUUCUGGCCCUUUCACAAGAAGAAGUUCAUGAAGAUGAAUGGGGCUGAGUGCUCCCACCACUCUGAGUGUGUCAGUGACUGCUGCCUGAUGGACCUGAACAACAGGGGUGCUCUCUGUGCCCCCAAGGCUAGAGUAGCCAGGCUGUGCUUGCCCCAGACCAAGGGAAGCAUCAACAUCAUAUGCCCCUGCCAGUGGGGCUUGAAGUGCAUCUCCAAGGACCCGACCUGUUCCCGCCGGUGCCAUUUGAUUUAG